AGAACAUCACAAUAGGCUGCCUCCUCUUCAGAUUCUUGCAUUCCCUCUUAAUGGAGCCGCAUAACAUCGGAACAAAAGCAAUUGUUUGUGGCUCGCCAAAAUUAGGAAGCGUCUUUCCGUGAAGAAACGGAAAAGACAUCCGCAAGCGUCUACAGCAUCCGCGGGUAAUUCGUCGGGCUGCCCGUGCCGCUUUGCUAAACUAGCUAGCAACUAAAACAGAAUUAAAGCACCUUUUAUUGUGAGUUCCUGUCAGAUACCAGUUCUUGGGCUGCGGAGGCUCAGUCUCGUUUACCUUUAGAGAUAUCUCUCUGGCUUUCGGAGUUUAGUAUUCAUAUUUUUACCUGGGACAUCAGCCAGUUCGUGAUCCAUUUGUCCCUCCCUGCAGAUCUGUCCUGAUGCUGUCAAGGUCAAAGCUCAGUGCAUGAUGUGUUUCUGCUGUGACGGAGAAGACCUCCACCUUGGGCAGGGUUCAUUGUUGUCUCUUCCUGAUCCCUGUCCUCCGCAAUAAUGACUGACAAGAGGAACCCACCGUUUUUCAAUGAUGACAAUGUAGGCGUGCUGCACUACAAGCUGCCCUUCAGCGAGACCAUGGAGCUGUUCAUUGAGACUCUGACAGGAACAUGCUUCCAGCUGCGUGUCUCUCCAUUUGAACAGGUCGUCUCCGUCAAGGCCAAGAUUCAGAGAUUGGAGGGCAUCCCGGUGUCUCAGCAGCAUUUGAUUUGGAAUGGUAUGGAGCUUGAAGAUGAGUACUGCUUACAUGAUUACAGCAUCACAGAGGGCUGCACACUCAAGCUGGUGCUCGCCAUGAGAGGAGGACCUGUAAACACUAGACGAGUGACAGUGACAGAUGACUCUGUGCGGGAUAUCAGCGACUGCCUUGAUGCCGGGAGAGAGGAGAUGUGGGAAAAAUCUCUGCCUAAUAAACAGGUCACCUUCCUGGUGUACCGCGAGGGAGACCAGCUCAAUUUCUUCCGCGUGGUGGAUCGGGGCGAUGGGACACUCACACCUGUGUCUGAAUCAUUGAGUGGUGCUUCUGUACGAAAUGUGCGCGCAGAGGAGGAGGAGGAACAAGAAAGUGCUUCUUCAGAGCUGCAGACGCUAGAAAACUCCAUCACAAUGGGCAAAAUGAAGCUGCUCAAGGCCAAGAUGGAGAACAUGAACCUUAACAAAAAGCCCAAAAAGACUGCUAAAUUAAAAAUCCGACCUCCAGUGGGUCCGCGACCUUGCAGCGGUUCCCACGGCUCUGCCCGACACCAUCGAAUGUUCCGUGUCCUUCCUCAAAUAGGACACGCCUCUUCAACACAUCUACCUCCUAUCGGUGAUCAGCAGCAACCUGUAUUGUCCACCCCCACUGCUGGCUCCGCCCACCAACCCUACACAUCUCUCUCCAGUCCUGCUUCCUCAAGCCGUGCUCAUCCAUCCUCUGCAGCCUCUGGCAUAUACAUGCUGCAGGCUGAGGAACCAUGGGAUAAUCCAGUGCCCAGGAAGAUUAGACUCCCUCCCAAAGUAUCCCGGCUGGAUAUGAGAGGGCCUAAAGUCAUGCGAGACUGCGUCUACCCGCCUCUAUCUCUUCUGUCCAGCCCUGGAGUUCAGGAUGAAGUCGAUAUCAAGAACGAACACCUAACACUAACUGAGAAAACCACAGUUAUUGAGUCGCCCAAAGCUGUGCCCUUCAAUCUUCCUGAACCCCUGAGUUUGGAUGUAUCUGCUCAGCGAGAGCGAAGUCUGAACUCUUUAACGAUGCCUGAGGCCAACGCCGCAGCUCCUCUUCUUUCCCAAGCCGUCAACUCUAAUUGGAGACUACCAUCCCAACAUGACCUUACCCUCACCACUGAGCCCUUCACACCUCCACGUCAUUUUGAGUUCACCGGUUCCUCAGUUCAUCCCAGUCCGUCUCAUGCUCUCCUCAGAACUAGCCCAUCUCUCCCCAUCAGUUCUCCUUCAAAAACUACAUUCAAAGUUGAUAAGCACUCAGAGGUGAUUUCCAAAAGCGAAGCCCGAGACAUUACAAACCUGGCCAAUAAAGCCACUAAAGAGCCAUUGGGAUCGGUGAGCAACGCAGAACUUCUGGCCUCCUUGGCGGGCAGCGGUGGUCAGGAGACCUUGACCAGUCCUUACGCUUUGGGAAGGUUGUGUGCCACCGCCGCGCCCCUUCCAAACAACAUCCAUCUGUUGCAGGAGGACCUGCUGAGGAGGAUCUCCCCCCUACAGCGCACAGCUGGCUUCACGGCAUCAAGCUCAUCAAGUGGCCUCUCCAGUUCAAUAAAGAGAUUAGGGACUCAGACGCAUCACUUGCCCCCUGUGAAGGUUUCCUCUGGAGUGAAGAAGAAGAGCUCAAAGCACUGCUUCCUGUGUGGAAAGAAGACGGGAUUAGCUACCAGUUAUGAAUGCAGGUGUGGCAACAUCUUCUGUUCCAUUCACCGCUACUCGGAGACCCACGACUGCACCUACGACUACAAAAGCGCAGGCCGACGCUUCCUACAGGAAACCAACCCCAUCGUAAGCGCACCGAAGCUGCCCAAAAUAUGAAGGAAAAGCGUGGCAAGAAGGAAACAAAAGACAACUAUUAAAUAAGAGAAAAACCUUGAUCACCAACGUGUGCUUUUAUCACCAUGUUUGCUUCUAAAAAAUAGUUUCAAAUAGCUGAAAACUGCUCACUCAUAAGUAGUUGCCUUGGAAAACACACUUAUGUUGUCUGUUGUCUUCAAAUUAUUUCACUCAGAAAUUAAAAAUACAAAACCCUGCAUGUAAAUAGUUUCUAAAAAACACAUUUCUAUCAUGGGAACAAACUUUUAAAUCAAGUACUUUUAAAUUAGCAGUUACACAUAUCUAUUGACGUGUUUUUUUCUGUGUGUUUGUUUUUUGAAAUCGAACAAACAAUGAUUUUUCUUGACAAGUCUUGGAGAGAUGCACUUUAGUAAUGCUGAAUAUCUCUUGUGGAGAUUGAA